AUGCCUAAAAUCUUCCAGCGCAGCGGAGUCAACAUUACCUCUGCAGGCAAGGAAGCAAGAUACAGAGUCAUGGCGACCGACAAACCCGUCCACACAGUAGUGCUGGACACGGGAGCAAUCAUCAAAAAUGAUCCUUCCGUUUCCACCCUCCUCAGCCAAACUGAAAAUAUCAUAACCGUGCCUGCAAUCAUAACGGAGAUCAAAGAUGCCGCGACAAGAUCUCGAGUGGAAACCACAUUACGACCAUUCCUGUCACUCAGAUCACCGACGCCGGCAAGCGUGAAGGUCAUCACCGAUUUCGCGCGCAAGACUGGCGAUUUGGCUGUGCUAAGCAAACCUGAUAUUCAAAUCAUCGCUCUCACUUACGAACUUGAAUGCGAGCGGAAUGGUGGCGAUUGGAGGUUGCGGCGGGUGCCCGGACAGAAAGGUCUCAACGGUGCGCCUCCUGCCAGAACGGAAGGCCAGGGCAAUGGAGAGACCGAGGCAGCGAAGUCAGAAGACACUGUUACGGAGUCGAGUGAGCAAUCCGAAGCAAAGGCCUCGGAGCCUGCAGCUGUUGAGACUGGCGUUGAUGUUCCAGAUUCUAUCAAUCUAGAGCGCAGUGGAGAUGUUAAAGAGUCUGAGGCGCUGCUAAUUCCUGCCGAAAUCGCACAAGAUCCGGAUGUCGUCGUUCAGAUCACCUCAGCACUGGAGUCAGCGAACCUUGCAGACAAGGGCGAACCUGCAUCUGACCAUCUCGAAUCRCAAGAGGCUUCUGGAGAGGCUCCGGAUGAUCCAGACUCUGAUUCAGAUGGCGGUGGCUGGAUCACUCCAGGCAACCUGAAGAAGAAGCAGGCCGAAGAUGCAUCAGCUUCAACAAAGCAGAUUGCGGAACCCAAGACAAUGCAAGUUGCAGUUCUGACGUCCGACUUUGCCAUGCAGAACGUGAUCCUGCAGAUGAACCUCAACCUACUGUCACCUUCAAUGGCUCGCGUCAAGCAUCUCAAGACGUAUGUGAUGCGAUGUCACGCCUGCUUCAACACCUCUAAAGAUCUGAGCAAACAGUUCUGCGGACGAUGUGGACAGCCAUCUUUGACAAGAGUGUCCUGUUCAACCAACGCGAAUGGAGAGUUUAAGCUACACUUGAAGAAGAACAUGCAGUGGAACAGCCGUGGAGAUCGCUACAGCAUCCCGAAGCCAGUGCAUGGGUCUUCUAAUGGGCGAAUCAAAGGAGGCGGUAAAGGAGGUUGGGGUAAUGACUUGAUCCUGGCAGAGGAUCAAAAAGAGUACCAGCACGCGGCGGUGCUUGAGAAAAGGCAUAAGGAGAGGAAUUUGAUGGACGAGGAUUACUUGCCCAGCAUUUUGACCGGCGACAGAGCGAAGUCUGGAGGCCGAGUUCGCGUCGGGGCUGGAAGAAGUGUGAACUCGAAAAAGCGAUGA